AUGUCAGCGACCUUUGAGCCAUACACCAAGACACACCCUGAGAGACUGCCAGGGUUUGACCCUUUCACGCAGAGCUUCAACUUGAGCUAUCCCGAUGGCCACCCAUUCACUAUUUCCGUGAUCGAUGUGGAUACCUUCAUCCAGUACAACAUUCGAAUCUGCAUCAACUACGGCUCUCAAUUCGGCGCUUCGGUCGUGCUGUUUGUCAUCCUCCUGCUCCUGACUCGACGAGAGAAGCGUGCAUCAUCCGUAUUCCUCCUCAAUUCCUCUGCGUUGCUGUUCAACAUCAUCCGACUGCUCCUACAAUUGAUCCACUUCACCACUGCACUUGAACAUUUCUACCCAUACUUCUCUCUGGACUACUCGAACGUACCGCGCAGUGCAUAUGCCAUCUCGGUCACGGGUAGUGUCUUCCAAUCACUCGUCGUGGCUUGUAUCGAGGCAUCGCUAGUUGUUCAGGUACAGGUGGUAUGUGCAACAAUUCGUCGUCGCUACCGACUGCCACUGAUGGCUCUGUCAAUCGCUGUGGCCCUGGCUACUAUUGCAUUCCGCUUGGCAUGGAUGGUCGAGAAUUGCAUCGCUAUCAUCAAUGUCUCCUACAUGAACACCAUCUGGUGGCUCGAAAGUGCCUGCAAUAUCGUCAUUACAGUUAGUGUGUGUUUCUUUUGCGCCAUAUUUGUCACCAAGCUCGGCUUUGCCCUUCGCCAGCGCCGUCGACUGGGCGUACGCGACUUCGGCCCAAUGAAGAUCAUCUUCGUUUGUGGAUGUCAGACACUCACCAUCCCUGCGGUCUUCUCCAUCACCCAAUACUUUGUCGUCUUCCCUGAGCUUUCUUCCAAUCUAUUGACACUCGUCGCCAUCUCCCUGCCCUUGUCAUCCAUCUGGGCGGGCGCCAGUUUCGACCAGGGUCGACACAGCGAUACCCAACCUCUCCACCGCCGCAACCUCUGGCGCGGUCUCGCAUUCGGAGUGAAUAGCACCACACUCAACAACACUGCCUCUGAGAAACAUAUGACAGCAUCCGGGAUGACGGCUAGCACUGCUGCUCAGACCUUGUGCUAUUCAGAUCAACCUUUGAGCAUGCUGAGCAAGGGGUCGCAUGAUUCGAUGGACCCCCACGGAAUUUGUAUCGAACAUGAUAUCUCGAUUGACAGUGUUCAGUGGAAGCAUUCCAUGGUUUGA